AUGCACCCUGACUUGGAAAUACCUGAAGGUUACAAAAUUCCAAAAUUUGAAACUUUCAAUGGUAUUGGGAACCCCAUGGCUCACCUACGACUUUAUUGUGACAAACUUGUGGGUAUCAGGAAAAAUGAUGCAUUAAUGAUGAGGUUGUUUAGUCGAAGCCUCAGUGGCGAGGCAUUAGAAUGGUUCACAUCUCAAGAACUCCGUCAGUGGUCUACAUGGGGGGCUUUGGCCAAAGAUUUUUUGGAAAGAUUACAGUUUAAUGUUGAAGUUGUACCUGACAGGUAUUAUUUGGAAAAAAUCAAGCAAAAGACCACGGAGGACUAUCGUGAAUAUGCAUGCCACUGGAGGAAGGAAGCUGCGAAGGUACAACCUGUGAUGACUGAAAGUGAAAUAACUUUUGUUUUUAUUCGAGCUCAGGAGCCUGAGUAUUAUGAAAGGAUGUUGCCCAUGAUGGGACAACAGUUUUUGGAACUGAUUAAGAUGGGAGAAGCCUUAGAGGAUGGCCUUAAGUCUGGAAAUGUUACAAGUCCCACUGCUCUGCAAGCCGCCAACAAAUCCUCACCGUCUAUGGCCACAUGA